AUGGAAAAUAUAGCAAACCAGAAAUUCAUAUCUUAUUAUCGUUUAUCAAAAUUUAAGAAAAAUUUAAAACAUGAUUGGGUCAGUAAUGGAAAAUGUAUUGAAAGUCCAACAAUUGUGAAAAAUGAAAAUCAUUUUGAUAGUCAUACCUUUUAUGGUUUCGAUACAAAUGGUAAUUCCAUAGUUGCACGGAUAAAUAAGAGAGGUUUUAAAAUAGUUGAAGUAUGGUUACAACUUCGAUUAGCUGAUGGAAAUAUUUAUCAAUUACCAAUUCAUCCGAAUACUAGUUUAAGUAGCCGAGAAAAACCCACUUGGUCAGCAAAUGGGCUCAAAUUUACAAUAUUAGAACCAUUUAUACGAUUUCGAGUUACAUUUAAUGGUUUAUUGCGAAAUUGCACACAGAAUGGAAUUAACAGUGAAGAACUUAUUCAUGUCAAAUUUAAUUUCAUCUGGUCAUCGUGUGCCAAACCAACACAUUGGCCGUUUGAUCAAAGUAUACCAUUAUUAUCAGAUGCCAUUUCUUUGGAAACUUGGCGAAAUGGACAUUGGUUAGAUACAAUCAUAAAACCAUCUAUAUCUGGGUACGAUCAAUAUGGAGUACUUCAUGGAGAAGUGUUAGUAAAUGAAAAAAAAAUUACAUUAAAUCUACCUUCACUGCGAAGUAGGCGAAAAGGGAAUCGUGUUAAUGAAUUACAAGAGCAUUUCGAAUUAAUUGGUGUUUGUGAAGACGCAGUAUUAUUUCAAAUUGGCGCUACUUCCAGUAAAAAUUUAACUAAUUUUAAAUAUGGAACCAUUAGAACCUUGAAUGGUAUGACCCAUCCUUUAACAGAAAGUGAUGUAUCCCUAGAAUUUUUGGGUACAUCGAUUGAAAAUAUUCCAAAAAUGUUUGUGGUUAAUUUUAAAGUAAAUGGUCAAAAUCAUAACAAUAUUUUUUAUUUACAAACUGAAAACGCAACAAAAAUGUAUGGUGGAAAUCCUUGCAAUUAUGAAUCGAAUAUAAUUCCUUUCCAGUGUUCUUUUUCAUCAGAAUUGGGAAAUGGUUUAGCAAUUUUCGAACAUAAAUAUAAGGGACCUUCUAAUGAUCCUCCAAUUGUUCCACGAAAUUAUUUAACAUUUUAUGAUAUUCAAGACACAUUAAAUGAAUCAUUAAUUGUUAGAUUUGAUGAGAAAUUAUGUCAGGCAGUGUCCAUUGUGGGUGGAAAAGGUGCUUCCUUAAGUUUACUGUCAUCGAUUCCUACUACAGAAUUUAUUGUUCCUGAAGGCUGUUGCUUAACAAAGUAUGCGCUUCAAAAACAAUUACAAAUUUCAGAUUUACCAUUCUUGGUGCGUGAGGUUGAAAAAUAUACUUUAAGGGACAUGGAAGAAUUGGAAAAAACUUGCAGAAUGACUGAGAAACGAAUAAUCGUAACUCCAAUCGAUGAAACCAUAGCUAAAACAGUUAAAAAACAUCUCAAUGAACUUCGACAAAAAUCAAUUAAAUUAUACGGGCAGGAAAUUUGCCGAUUUGCUGUACGAUCAUCUGGAUUGAACGAAGAUAGUGAAGAAUCUUCAGCUGCUGGUCAGAAUGAAACUGUUCUCGGAUGUUUAACAGAUGAAGAUGUUUUAGAUGCCAUACUCAAGUGCUGGGCAUCAUUGUUUGCUUUCAGAAGUGUCGUAUACAGAAGACAACAUGGACAAGCAGUAAAUUGUGGUAUGGGAGUUGUUAUACAAGUCAUGGUACCAUCAGAAGUAUCCGGUGUAAUGUUUACAUGUCAUCCAACAACACAAAAUCCUAGUCAAAUAUUAAUAACUGCCAGUUAUGGUCUUGGAGAAAGCGUUGUUUCAGCCGCUGUACAUCCAGAUCAAUUUAUAGUAGAGAAAACUUGGGAUAACAAAAUUAGUAUUCAAUCGCGACAAAUUGGUGAAAAAGCAACACAAAUUGUUAUGUCCGAAAAUUCAACAAAUACGAUUAAUGUGAAUCAUUUGCAUGCUCAAACAUUAUGUAUGACUGAUGAAGAAGUGCUUACUGUAGCAAAAAUUGGUAUCUUAUUGCAAGAACUCUUUGAGUAUUAUUGUGACGUUGAAUGGGCAUUCUACAAGAACAAAUUAUAUAUUUUACAAUGUCGAGCCAUCACAACGACAAAUAAAUGGACUGAAUUUGAGCUAAUUCAUGAAUUUGAUUUCCCAAUUGUAUCAAAUUAUGAGUUAACUACAUAUGCAAAUUGUAUUGAAGUAUUGCCAAAGCCAUUAUGUACGUUAGCCAUAUCGUUUCUUCCAUAUUAUGUUAACAAAUUUCAACAUCAAUUUAAGGGUAGCACCGAAAUGCAUCGCUAUUAUGGCGCACCAUUGUUCACUCAACGAUUAGCUCUAAAUAUUUUUACUACGUUUUUGGCAGAUAUAGAUAAAGAGGCGACAAUGCACCAUAGAGUAUUAUCUAUGGCAGUCUUUGGUGAAGAUAUAAUAAAUCAAAAAAUUGAGAAAUUAGCUGUGAAAAUAAAUGCACGAAAUAAUCAAAACAAAGGUUUUAAGGGUACUUGGAUAAUUUUAAAGGCAAUGUGGCUUGGUAGCAAGAAUUAUGAAUUUACAAAAAAGAAAUCAGAAAAAUUCAAAUUAGAUUUUAAUCAUCUAAAUAAUUCAAAAGAUUUACACCAGUUAAUUUUGAAAGCAGUGCCUAAUAUUGCAGAGUAUACGAGUUAUCAUAUGUUAGCUACUUUUGGUUCAACAUUACAUAAAAUUUGGAUUAUGAUGGCCCUCUUAGAUUCUAGCAAAGAAAUAACCGAAGACCAUUUAGAUGAUUUCACGAAAAUUUUAUCACUCGAAAACAACGUUCUCUCAGGGGAAAUUCCUAAGAGGUUGAGAAAUAUAUCAAAUUUAAUAGCAAGAUCAGGUCAAUCCAAAGAAUUCCAACAACUAGCUCCCAAAGAAUGUAUACAAUGGCUUCAAGAGCAUGUACCUGACGCAGAUGCACAAUUUCAAGGACUAUUAAAAGAACACGGUCAUCGAGGUAUAAUGGAGUUUGACAUGUACCACGAACCUUGGAGCUUAAAUCCAACACCCUUACUAGAAGCCUUACAAAGUACAUCACAUAUGGAAUUAAGCAACUCAGAAAGGGGUGAAGAUAACAUACAAAAUUUAAUAAACAGUCUUAAAACACCAAAAAAAAUCGUACCAAAGUUGAUUUUAAGAUACUUAAUACCAAAAUUACGAUCUUGUAUACGAAGUAGAGAAUUUACAAAAUCAGCAAUUGUUCUAGUUUUACAUAAAUUUCGACUAGCAUUUCGUCAUUUAGGAUAUCUAUUGGAAAAAGAAGGGAGGUUACCAAACGCUAAUCUUAUAUAUUUCCUUAGCAAAUAUGAACUUAAUGAAUUAAUCCAUGAAAAUAAGACUGAAUUACUUGAGAAGGCGACCAGACGACAAAAGUUGUACCCACAAAUGAAUAAAAUUUCAUACGAAGAGUAUAAUUAUGGACGACCUGAACCAAUUCCAGACGUAAUAUCAACGAAUGUAGAUUUAGAAAGUGAUUGUACACUAAAAGGUGCUGCUGUAUAUCCUGGUUUAAUACAAGGUCGUGCUUGUGUUAUUACAGAUAUUUCCCAGGCUCAUUUAAUUCAACCAAAUGAUAUUUUAAUAACUACUGCCACGGAUGUUGGUUGGUCACCAUAUUUCCCAAUGAUUUCAGGUCUUGUAACAGAAAUAGGUGGUUUAAUAUCGCAUGGAGCAGUGAUUGCUCGUGAAUAUGGUAUACCGUGUGUUAUUGGUGUCAAAGGUGCUACUAGAAUGUUUGCAACUGAUAAUCAAGUAAUACUUGACUCAAAUAAAGGAAAUAUUUCACGUAUAAUUACUAAAAAUAAAUAA